AUGGCAGAGGACCUGGGGCUGGACUUUGGGGAAACAGCCAGCUUGGAAAUGCUGCCGGAGGAUGACAGCUACAGGCCAAAGGCCAGAUCCGGGCUGGCAGCCAGGGCCAGCAGCUCUGGCUGGGUUCUCACCUGUGUCCUGGUGUCACUCCCCAUCCUGGCAGGACUCACUGCCUACCUGCUUGUUGGCCAGCUCAGAACCCAAGGAGAGGCCUGCGUGUUCCAGACUCCAAAAGGACAGGAAUUUGGACCUUCACCUCAGCGAGCUUAUGCACCUCCCAGAGCUAGUGGAGAUAAGCCAAGGGCACACCUGACAGUUGUGAAACAAACGUCCACACAGCCCUUGAAUAAUCAGUUCCCAGCUCUGGAUUGGGAACAUGAACUUGGCUUGGCCUUCACCAAGAACCGGAUGAACUACACCAAUAAAUUCCUGGUGAUCCCAGAGUCGGGAGACUACUUUGUUUACUCCCAGAUCACAUUCCGAGGUAUCACAUCCAAAUGUGAUGAAAUCAGCAAAGGGAGCCGAGUGAACAAGCCAGACAUCAUCAUUGUGGUCAUCACCAAGGUAACGGACAACUAUCCCGAACCCACUCAGCUCCUAAUGGGGACCAAGACAGUGUGUGAAAUAGGCAGCAACUGGUUCCAACCCAUUUAUCUAGGAGCCAUGUUCUCCUUGCAAGAAGGGGACAAGCUGAUGGUGAAUGUCAGUGACGUCUCUUUGGUGGACUACACAAAAGAAGAUAAAACCUUCUUUGGAGCCUUCUUGCUGUAG